AUAGCCCUGCAGCAAAGCAACAAGACACAUGAUACACAGAACCCCUUGUCAAUUGGCCAGCGUGCUCUCCAGCCAACCCACUGUUCACCUGUUGGACCUUUCUUCUUUAUAUCGCCUGUCGAAGCCUCCUUUUUCUCUUGCAGGCUCUUCUACACAUUGCAUGAGGCGCGUUUUUAAAGGCCUUUCACAAAAAAGGCCUGCAAGUUUUUUCCCUCCUGCAAAAGUCUGACAACUCCAGCAAUUCAAGCGGCUGAGUUUUGUAAAGACCCUUGGAAACGAUUGAGCUCGAGGAAGCCCCAUGGAGCUCAAGGAACCUUCGUUUCUGCAAGCCACUGGAAGGCAUUCAUUAGACAGUGACUCGACCUUCUACAGCAAUGGCAAUCCGUUUGCAGACACCUUGCCUGAUCCACUCUGCAAGAUCAACCUCAAGGAGACGUCGGAGUUUGUGAAGGCACUCCCGGUGCCGUCUAGGUUUAGCGUAGACAGCAGGAGCGUUCUUCUAAAGUCCACGAGCCAAAGAAGUAAGGAAGGACUGAACUUGAUGGGCCAGAGAGGAGUGGAGAGCCCUUCCACUCCUUAUAGGGCUGCCAUCAGCUUCAGCCCAGGCCAUCCUUACAGGAAGAACGUCCCUUCUAAGUGGGAUGAUGCUGAGAAGUGGCUCAUCAGCAGCUCAUGCCAUGAAUCACCUGCUCAUCUCACAAAACUCAGACAAAGUGGGGUUUUCCCUCAGAAAGGUGGCUCCUUUGAGGAGAAGAAGGCACCGAGCUCCACAGUUCCAAGCUUUGAUGAGCCAUUCAUGCGUGUUGAUCCAAAUUUAUCUUCCAAUAAAGCCUCCACAGAUGUUCUUCUCAAAGAUAAGUUUACAGACAAUGUGGAGCAGCAGCCACAUUCCUAUUUCAGAUACUCAGAGCCAUCUAAAGAAGGCUUUUUCUUCGGAAGUUCAUACUUUGUGUGCAAGAACGACGACACAACCGCAGAGCUCAUGGAGCCUCAGCGCAGAGACGCAGGCACCGAAAUGACUCCUUUAGGGAGCUCAAUGCCAACAAGAUGCCAUACUCCAAUCAAGAGCUCUUCACCAGCAAGGCACAACACUCCUGCUGAUAGGUCUGGGCCUUUGGUUCCCUGCAGCACCAGUAUUGCUAUUUCCGAGCUCAAGGACUGCCAUUUCGCGAAACUUGAGCUCGGUGCUCAGUAUCACUCGGUUGUCUCGAACUGGAGUUCAAGAGAGGAGGAAGAAAAGGAGGUGUCGAAGAGCUUGAGGCAUUUAGAAAUUACUGAUGGAAGCAAGAACAUUGGUGCAGCCAGGGCUUAUGCAUGGGAGGAAGAUGAGAGGAAGAAAAGCUGCAUCAGAUACCAGCGAGAAGAAGCGCGAAUUCAAGCUUGGUUAAAUCUUCAGAAUGCCAAAGCAGAAGCACAGUCUAGAAAAUUGGAGGUGAAGAUACAAAAGAUGAGAUCUAGUUUGGAAGAGAAGCUGAUGAAGAGGAUGGCAAUUGUUCACCGGAAAGCCGAGGAAUGCAGAGCAGCAGCUCAACAACAGCACUUGCAACAGUUGAGAGCAUCAGAACAAACACAAAAGAUGAAGAGCCAGCGCAAUUCUCACUUGUCGAUAGACAAAAAAUGUGGCUGUUUCCCUUGCAAAGGCCAGGUUUGAUACAAACAAAAAGAUCAUGUCUUGUACUUGGUAGACCAAAAAAUACAUGAGAAAAACUUCAUUCCUUUUCUUUGUAGAGAAAAGUUUGAAAGAAAGUUCCUCUAGAUUUCACUAUAGAAUUGUCACUUAAGGAACACUUCUAAAAGCAUUCUUCAUUAAUUUCAUUUAGAUUAGGGCGGUAAACGAGUCAAGGUCUGUGGUGCUCAAGUUUGUUUGAUAAGAUAACCAAGUCAAGUCGAGCCUAAAAUGAACCAAGCUGUUAAAAUAGUUAUUCAA